AUGGAACAGAUCCUGCAGGUUAAGGGCCGCAAAGAAUUUGGUAAAUAUCUAGGCAUUAUGGUAGAUUUUAGGGCUUCUAAAAGGAAGGUAUUUGACGAGGUCCGUCGGAAGCUAGACGGGAAGCUCCAUGGUUGGGCUGAACAAUUCCUUUCUCCGGCGGGCAAAGAAGUUCUCAUUAAAGCCGUUGCUAUGGCCAUGCCUUGUUAUGCCAUGUCAUGCUUUAAAUUACCAGUAUCCUUGUGUAAAGAAAUUGAAGCUGCUAUUGCUAGGUUUUGGUGGAAGUCACAUAAAGAGAAACACGGCAUUCACUGGGUUAGUUGGGCAAACUUAUCUCAACUCAAAAAGGCGGGAGGCUUGGGCUUUCGUGAUAUCCAAUGCUUUAACCUUGCCUUACUUGCGAAGGUUGGUUGGCGGAUCCUUCAUAAUCCGAGCUCUCUGCUUGCUUGCUUGUUACAUGAUAAGUACUUUGCCGGGGCAUUUUUCCUCUCUGCUACCUCUCAAAAAUCAUCCUCUUGGGGUUGGAAAGGCAUUCUCCAAGGGCGCCAUCUUCUUGAGUCUAGGUUGCAUUGGCGUAUUGGAGAUGGCAUUAAAGUUCAGGUGAGAAAUGACCCAUGGCUUCCUUCUCCAUACACCUUUCGAACUCUCUCGCGACAUCCUGACCUACCCUUGAUGGUCCAUGAACUCAUUGACCCCCUUCUGAAAGCAUGGAAACAGGAUGUGAUUAACAGAUGCUUUACUCCAGAAGAAGCCACUCGCAUCUUCAGCUUACCUAUCAGUCGGUGGGGAUGUCUCGACAAGCUAAUUUGGCACUUCAGCUCGCAUGGUCGAUAUAUUGUUCGUUCAGGCUAUGAGCUUGCCCUUCACCUACAGAGGAAUGGUGAGCUGGGGCGUCAAGGUGCUGGUGAAACCAGUGGCAGCUCCUCUCAUAGUGCAGUUUGGAAGUCAAUUUGGCAUGUUCAUGCCCCGCCCAAACUCAAAGCCUUCAUUUGGCGUGGUUGUUCCAACAUUCUUGCGGUGUGGCAUAAUUUACGUCGGCGACGAGUGUCUUGCCCCGGGGAAUGUGGUCUUUGUGGCCUCCAGGAUGAAACUCAAACUCAUCUUUUUUUCAAGUGUGACUUUGCCCGUGCCUUCUGGUUUGCAAGCCCUCUCCAACUCGAUGUAAACAUGUUAGAAGGUGAAGAUUUUAUCUCUACUUGGCAACAUAUAAUGUUGACUUUCAAGUCCUCUGAGCACGCAACGGAGGCAUUCCAAUGGUUUGUUUUUGGGUUGUGGCGCAUCUAG